UUUCCUGAAACUUGGGAAACUGACCGGGGAAAUGGAGGUGACUUUGAGCAGCAGAUCAGGUGGGAAUUUAAACUUGUCACUGUCCCAUCUGAAUAAAACCUCACUUAUUGCAACUGCUGUCUCAGUUCCCCUGGUAAAUGUUUGACAGAGAUUUCUAAUGUAGGAAGAGCAUCCUUCAUCGUCAGAGCCUUUCAAACCGAGAAGACAGACAGGAUAAACACUGCGGAAAGAGAAGGAUGAGCUGUGAAAGCGUCAUCUGGAGUCGGUCGGUUAGGAGAGCUUUGACACAUCAUCAGGUCUGAAACUGAAGGAUCACAGCAUACUACACCAGAGAAUACAGACAGGAUAGACACCACAGAUAGAACCCGACCAUCGUCCAAGGAACAACUGCGUCAUUUUGGGAAGACGUUCAGACCCUUUGCAGUGUUGCUCAACACAGAGGAGGUUGGACAGUGAAACCAUCAUCUGGAAAUCAGUCGGGUCAGGUGAGCUUAAACAUACCAUCAGAUCUGAAAUUGGUCAGUGCUGCUGCAGUUGGAUCCAUCCCUUUCUGAAGGUUCGGCUGUGGGUGAUCGGUCAGGGCGAGGCUGGGAAGAAGUGUGAGUGGCACCAAGUGUGGUGAGAACUUCAAUCAUUCAUCGCGCCUCAUGAACCACUGACUUAUUCCUGCAGAUGAGAGUGUAUUCAAGUGUUUGAGCAGGUCUCCUCAGGUUUGUAGUUUCUCCUAAUGUACCAAGUGUAUUUGGUGUGCAGCUGUUAGCACCAGGACAGCCACAUGGAAGAGAAGUCUUUCAAGUGUGAGGUGUGUGGCAGAGCCUUCACACGAUUCUCAACGCUCAUGAAUCACCGACGCAUUCACACAGGGGAGAAACCAUUCCAGUGUGAGGUGUGCGACCGAGCAUUCACAUGGCCAACAAAUCUCAGGCAGCAUCGACGCAUUCACACAGGGGAGAAGCCCUUCGAGUGUGAGGUGUGCAGCAAAAGCUUCGCCCAGUCCUCAGCCCUGGCGGAUCAUCGGCGCCUUCACACGGGGGAGAAACCGUUCAUGUGUGAGGUGUGCACCAAGUCCUUCUCGCAGUUGUCAUCCCUUCGGGCACACCAGCGCCUUCACACAGGGGAGAAACCAUUCACCUGCGAGGUCUGUGACAAAUCCUUCUCACACCCGUCUCACUUCCGUGUGCACCAGCGCGUUCAUGCUGAGGAGAAGCCGUUCAGUUGUGAGGUGUGUGACAGAAGCUUCACAAACUCGUCUGUGCUCCUGAUGCACCAACGCGUUCACACAGGGGAGAGGCCCUUCGCAUGUGAUGUUUGUGACAAGGCGUUCAGCCAUGCCUCUGCUCUCCUGACACACCAGCGGGUGCACACCGGUGAGAAACCGUUCAAGUGCGAGGUCUGCGCCCAAGCCUUCGCACACUCCUCGACGCUCACAAACCACCGGCGCACCCACACCGGGGAGAGGCCGUUCGUGUGUGAGGUGUGCAGUGAGGGCUUUGCCCAGUUAUCACGGCUUGUGAGUCACCGGCGCACCCACACAGGCGAGAAGCCGUUCACAUGCAAUGUGUGCGACAAGUCGUUUUCUCGUUCAUCCAUCCUGCGUGAGCAUGCACGCAUUCACACUGGGGAGAAGCCAUUCAAUUGCGGGGUGUGUGACAAAUCCUUCUCACACUCCUCUCACUUCCGUGUCCACCAACGCACUCAUACCGGGGAGAAACCGUUCACCUGCAAAAUGUGUGGCAAAUCCUUUUCGCGGUCCUCCACUCUCCGUGUGCACCAACGCAGACACACUGGAGAAAUUACUCAAGUGUGAGCUGUUUGACAAGGCAUUUACAUAGUCAGCAUUUCUCUUUGUCCAUCAAGGAACUGACACGCUGAAGAAACUUUGAGUUCAGGAAUAAAGUCAUCACACAUGUUGGUGCUCCUCGAACAUCAAUAAGUCCGCAUGGAAAACAAACCCUUUCAGUGUGACAUGAUUCACCUCUUCCUCCCCUCUCAGCAUACACCACUGUCUCCACAUGGUCUUGGAGCUGGGUCACGAACCUCCAGUGCACUGAGAGUUGACUGUGUUGUACAUUGUUAAGGACUGUAAAGCUAUCAUUCCAGUCUACUGUCUGUCUCAGUAGUGUCUCUCUCAAACCUCUCCCAUCAUUAGCCCAAAGUCAUUGAUUUAACCUUUGUCAAGAUCAUCAAACAUCAUUAAAUGAAGACAUUGAUAUGUACAGAAUCUCCUGCUCCUGCAUGUGGCCACUGUGUCCUCAACCACAGUAUUCAGUCAUUCAGGAGAACAUAUGUCAUGAAUUUCUCACUCUGGACAAAAGGGAAAUACCUCAAUAGUUUAUGCAGCUUGAUUUAUCUUCAUACAAUCAGUGAAUACCUACAGUGUAGAAACAGGCCAUUUGGCCCAACAAGUCCACACCCAACCCUCCGAAGAGCAUCCCACCUGGACCCAUUCCCCAACCCGAUAACUUUAUAUUCCCCAUGACUAAUGCGCCCAACCUACACAUCUUUGAACUGUGGGAGGAAACCAGAGCCCCCUCCCCCCACCAUGCAAACUUAUACGGACACAGGGAGAAUGUGCAAACAUCACACAGAGAUUCGCCCAAGGGUGGAAUCGAGUCAUCGUGCCGCCCUUCACUAAGAUAGUUGUAGGUGUCACAUUUUUGAAGUUUGGGUAGUUAUUUUUAAUUUCCAAAUCCUUAGAAUGAGUUCAUUGAGUCAUGAUGGGAGCAAGGUUCCAACAGCUUUGUAGCCGUCAGCUGGAAUACCAUCAGGACCGCAGGCUUUGUUGUUUCUUAUCUGUUUUGUUGGGUGUUGCAGCUCUUUCAUCAGUGGUGACUCACCCCUGGAUUCUACUGCAAGGCACUGGGGACAACAGCAUGGAUUAACCCCUAAUGGCCACAGCUCCUCUGAGUUGCUGACAGCACAGCCAGUGUUUGUCCUUUCCCUGAUUUGAACUGUGUCUCGGGUGAGUCGUCACUUUAGAAAUUAUGAUAAUGAGUGUGCCCAUGAUCUUGUGAACUUUCAAUAGUAAUCAUUAAUUCAGAGUGUCUAUGCCGUUUUUGAAUAUAGCUUCUGUUAACACUUUUUGUUGGUAAAAAAACAAGAUUGCUAUCUUUAUCCCACGCACAAGUGCUCAGGGCUUAUUGCCACUUUCGGAAACAGAUGUUCACCGCUUGUUCUCAAUACUGUCUCCAUAUGUUGCAUGAAUAAACAUACAAGUGGCAUUCCCAUCAACCAUGCUGCUUCUUUUUCAAAAUAUCUGACCACUUGUAAUCCUCAAAUUGUUUUCACACACACAUUGGAAUGGGUCUGCCAUGCUCCGAAAGGCAUCAGUACUGAGUGGGAAACAGUGACCCUCAGUGACAGAGGAAGAUGUGCAAAUAAGGUUUUCCAAAGGCUGACUCUGUUGUUACAUUGAAAUGGUCAAUAUAUUUGAAGACCAUUCUAAUGGAACAAUACAUGCAUUGUCCUCCUUUUUAUCAUGAUGACUGGCACCUAUAAGAAAUAAAUGGGGUAAACUGCUCACUGAGGCAAAGGGUGUGGCAGUCAUACGAACUGAGUACUUUGCUUCUGUCUUAGAAAAUGGUGACAAUUGUCCAGGUGAAAAUGUGGGUAUUUAACAACUGCGGAAUACAGUGAUAGAUAAAGUAAAGGGCGCAAAAAGGGCAGCACUCCAAACCCAAUUUGGAUGCAUCCAAGUUUGCUGAGAGAGAUAAGGGAGCAAAUGGUGAAGUCAUUGACAGAAACUUUCCAGGCCCCGCUGCACACAGGAGUAGUCCCGGGGGAAUGGAUGUGAUGCCGUUGUUUCAGAAGAGGACAAAGGAGAACUGAGGAAGUUACACACAAUAGUGGGAAAAUUGACGGAGGCCAUAAAGAGUCAUACAGCACGGAAACAGACCUGUCAGUUAACCAGCCCAUGCCAAGCAUAAUCCCAAACAAAACCUGAUUUCGCUUAGCCCAUAUCUCUCUAAACACUUCUUAUGCAUGUACUUACCUAAAAGUCUUUUUAACACUGUAACUGUUGCCGCAUCCACCUCUUCCUAUGGAAGUUUAUUCCACACACGAUCCACUGUCUGUGUAAAAAAGUUAUCCCUCAUGUCCUUUUUAAAUCUUUCUCCUCUAACCUCAAAAAUAUCCCCUCUAGUCUUGAAAUCACCCACACGAGGGAAAAAGACACCUGCCAUUGAACUUAUUUAGAUCCCUUAUGACAUUAUGAAACUCUACACGAUCACCUCUCAACCCCUUACUAAAGGAAGUCCCAGCCUAUUCAGUCUCUUCCUUAUAACUCAAAUCCUCCAUUCCUGGCUACAUCCUGGUAAAUCUUUUUUAAACCUUGUCCAGCUUAAUACUAUUCUUCCUAUAACACAAAGACCAGAACUAAAUACAGUGCCACAGAAGAAGCCUCACCAACGUCUGUACAACCUCAACAUAAUUUUACAACUCUUCUAUUCAAAGGUCUGAGCAAUGAAGGCAAGCAUACUAAAUGCCUUCUUGAACACUCUGUCUAUAGGUAUGCAAACUUGAAAGGAUUAUGUUCCUGAGUCUCUAGAUCUCUGUUCUACAAUACUAUCCAAGGCCUUCCUUUUAAUUGUAUAAGUUGUGCCUUUGUUUGUUUUACCAAAAUGCAAUAUCUUGUAUUUAUCCAAAUUAAACUUCAUCUGACAUUGUUCAGCCCACUGA